GGUCACUCUGCGCUGGCACUCUGAGCGGUCUGUUCUCACAGCUCAGAUCUGACCGCGCGUGCUGAGGAGACUGUCCGUCCGGCAGUGGCGAUGGCUGCGCGCGCUCUGACCUGCACUCUGACUCUGCUGGUGUGGGCAGGGGUCAGUUUAGGUCAGCUGGUUUUACCCAACAGACAGAAUGGAGCGGUUGGUGGGAACGUGGAGUUUAAGCCGAUCAGUUUUCCUUCUGAUACAUAUCAAGUGAUCACCUGGAGGUUUGGUGAAACUAUCGUGAUUAAAUCAAUCAGUGGAUCAGUUUCAAUACCACGACCUGAAUACAGAGGCCGAGUCAGUCUGGACAUUAACACUCUGGCUCUGGAGCUCAGGAAUCUGACCAUGGGAGAUACUGGAGUGUAUAUUCUGACUGCUGAUACAGCUGCAAGCAGCUACUCAGCAGAAACUACGCUGAAAGUGUUUGUAAACGUAUCUGGAGCUACCAUCACUGGUCCAGCAGGUCUCGUAAUAGAAGGCAACUCUGCUAAUUUAUCCUGUGAUGCGAGUGGGACUAUCGUCACUACAGAAUGGAUGAAGGAUAAUCAGAAGCUGUCUCCUAGCAACAACAUCAUAUUCUCAGCUGAUAACAGAUCAGUGUCGAUCAGUGCGGUGAGCAGAAUGGACAGUGGUGAAUACCGGUGCACUCUCAGCAACCCUGUGAGCUCUGAUAGUGACGUGUUCACCAUGACUGUUAACUACGGACCUGAUAAUGUGAGAAUUGAGGGGCCCAGUGAAGUGGAGGAGAGAGGAUCUGUGAUGUUACUGUGCUCUGCUGAAUCUGUACCAGAUCCCAGUUACGCAUGGACGUUUAACGGAACAAAUACUGGAGUGACUACAGACUCACUCACAGUGGAUCAGGUCACUUUCUCUAACAGUGGAACUUACACCUGCACUGCCUGGAAUAAUGUCACCAGACGUGAAACCUCAGCAUCCCAUUCUUUGGUAGUAAGAGAAACAGGGAAUCUGAGUGGAGGUGGAGGUUUGCUGUCUGCAGGAGCUAUAGCUGGGAUUGUCAUUGGAGUUUUACUAGGAGUCGCUCUAGUUGCUGGUUUGAUUGUCUACUUUACAAAAUUUGCAGGAAGGCCAAAAUCAAGCUCAAGAGAAGGGACGCAGAAUGGAGAAACACAAGGCCAACAAGAGCCACAAUAUGAGGACACUGAUUUCCAGGCCAGCGGAACUCGUAAUCAGGAACCAAACUAUGUAAACAUUAGAAGUAUGACUAAUAAUCACAAUGUGGUGAAUAUGGGUAAACUUCCAGCCAAGGUGAGGACUCGUUGACCUUCCUGAUGGACACAACAUCAGAACAACACAUGGGAUAUUCAGUGUGCUUACCAGCAGCCAUGGUCAGGAGAGGAGAUCCUCAGAGAACUAUGAAUAUUUUUAAAUUAAUUUUAAGAAAGAUUUGCCUCCACACUGACCUACUAUUCUCAAUGUGUCACUUAAAACCAGUUGUAGGCUUUGUAAUUAUACCAGAAUAUGUGUUUUGCACAUUAACACACAAAAGUCAAGAGCACGUCCCUUUUAUUUAACCUUGCAUCAAAAUGGUCAUUGAGGAAAAGCCGUUCAUUUUUCAGGAGAUCUUUCUGAGGAGAGUAGACUCUAUAUAUUAUAGAAUCCACUUCCAUAAGGAAGAAGAAAGUCAAAAGAGAAUGAGUGAAAAAACAGGACUUUUCAAAACUGGAAUUCAAAAAAUUACUAAAAGCUACAGAGAAAUUGGGCCUCCUAACAACCACCUGGAA